AUGUCUGGGCGUGGGAAGGGAGGCAAGGGAUUGGGAAAGGGAGGAGCCAAGCGUCACAGGAAGGUUCUGAGAGAUAACAUUCAGGGCAUUACGAAGCCUGCAAUUCRUCGUCUCGCUCGUAGAGGUGGCGUGAAGCGUAUCAGCGGGUUGAUUUACGAAGAAACCAGAGGAGUUUUGAAGAUUUUCCUCGAGAAUGUUAUCCGUGAUGCUGUUACCUACACUGAGCACGCCAGGAGGAAGACGGUGACUGCCAUGGAUGUGGUUUAUGCAUUGAAAAGGCAGGGAAGGACUUUGUAUGGUUUCGGAGGCUGUGCAGGUUCUUUGUUAUUGGGCAUUUUAAUGGAUUCAAAUGUGAACUCCUUCCUUCCAAGGUGUCAAAGGCGUGCAGAUCCUAACUCAUUCUGUUGGGAAAUUGGGAUGUUGUACAUAUUGGACAUGGAUGUUUAUGAUCUGCAUUCUCCUGUUGCUUUCGCCCAAUAUGAAGUUGGUAAGAAGUGUUCUAGCGCGAAUUCUUCCCGAAAAUCAAACGCGAAAAUGUCUGGGCGUGGGAAGGGAGGCAAGGGCCUGGGAAAGGGAGGAGCCAAGCGUCACAGGAAGGUUUUGAGAGACAACAUUCAGGGCAUCACGAAGCCUGCAAUUCGCCGUCUCGCUCGUAGAGGUGGUGUGAAGCGCAUCAGUGGUUUGAUCUAUGAGGAAACCAGAGGCGUUUUGAAGAUUUUCCUCGAGAAUGUGAUUCGCGAUGCUGUUACCUACACGGAGCACGCCAGGAGGAAGACGGUGACCGCCAUGGAUGUGGUCUAUGCGUUGAAGAGGCAGGGAAGAACUCUGUAUGGAUUCGGAGGUUAG